AUGGCGCGUUUCGCUACGCUGGUUACGUUCGUCGCUGCCGCUGCCUGCAUUCCCAACGUGUUUGCUGGCCCUGCUCCAAGUUCUGGCCCUGCGUGUGCUGCCCAAAACAAAGGCCUCGCAGACUGCAUCACAAAGUGCAGGCACAAGUGGGGUUGGAACAAUGGGUUACUGGGUGCAGAUCGAUGGGGACCAGUCGUUCUUCCCAAGUCCAAUGCGAACCUGGAGGCUCAUAUCGCCUCGGCCUGUGGAACGACCGUCCAACCUCGACCCUCUCAGGCCAAGCCCCCAACAAGACUCGAACAAGUGCCCAAGAACGGAGCUCCCAUCCCGUCCUCGUAUUACACCGACGCUGUGAACUCGAGGAGCAGUGCUCUUCCUUCUCCUUCAUCUUCUCUGGCCUUGCCUUCGUCCUCUUCUGUUGCUCCGUCCACUUCUUCAGAGUCGGUGGCUCCUACCCCAACCGUCGCCGCUGCUUUUGUCGAGGAGCCCGAACCUGAACCCACGACGUCUGCGCCGCCUCCGCCUGCUCCGGAACCGACCACGUCCGACCCUCCUCAAGAACCCAACACACCUGCUCCUGCCCCUGCUCGCAGCCCGGAACCUCAACCUGAGCCCGAGACCCAACAACCUGAGCCUCAACCCUCACCUGCCCCUGCCCCUGCCCCUGCUCCGGCUGCCAGUGGGGACAGACAAAUUUGGCUGGACGAGCACAACCGAUACCGUGCCGAACAUGGUGCAGCACCGUUGACUUGGGGUGAUGACCUCGAAGCUGCUGCUCUUCGAUGGGCCAGUGGUUGCAAGUUUGAGCAUUCAGGUGGAACGCUUGGUCGUCUUGGAGAGAACCUGGCUGCUGGAACCGCCCCUUACCCUAUCACCACGGCCGUGUUCCGAUGGGUCGAUGAGCGAAAGGAUUAUGUGCCCGGACAAGCCUCCCACUUCACUCAAGUCGUCUGGAAGUCCACCACUCGAGUUGGCUGCGCAAGUGUCGUCUGCAACAACUUGUUGCCGAUCUUCGGGAACUCCCCCGCCACCUACCACGUUUGCGAAUAUGAUCCUCCUGGCAAUGUUGGCGGUCGCUUCGGCGAAAACGUGCAAGUCUAA